AUGAACUCAUUAUACGUUGCCAACUUGGAUAAGAAGAGACAGACUGCCGUCCUCGUCUACAGGAACUUCAACAACAGACUGAGUAGUCAGGAGCUGAAUGAGAUGAUCCAGUACCUGCGCUCAGAGUUGAAUAUUAGAGGCUGUGAGAGAAUUAAGAAUGAUCUGCGCGGAUUCAUCAAGACUCUCCAGGCCAACAGCUACGCCAAGUUCCGUGUCGUCCUGGACCACGAUGCCCACGUCCUCAACAUGGGCGGAAGUGGAUGUCUGGGCUACGUCAGCGAGCACAUCUACGACUAUUAUGACACCUUUGAGUUCAAGGACGUCGAGGUCUACACCCCAUCCUCUGCCGAGCACCUCACCGUCGAGAGUCUGGCCGAGCGUUUCCAUCUGUCCGCCCUGGCGCAUGCUGGUGCUUCCACCAACAACAAGAAGCAACAUACUACCACUCCACAGCAUCACAACAACGUCCACACAUCAACAACUACCCCAAUUACUAUCAACAACAACAGCGCACAACAACAUCCAACUAGCAAUAGCCCAGUCCAUGUCCACAGCUACAUCCACAACCAUCAUCACAAGGCAACAGCCACUGCCAACCAAUUCACAUCUCCAUCGCAACACCAACAGCUCGUAGCUUAG